AUGAAAGGGCACUAUCAACUCCUCCUCCUGACUCUUCUAGCGACAGGCUUGGCCCGCGCCGAGAUCGAACAAUUUAAUGAAACCCAAGGGCUGGGCACAGACCACUGUGCUACCGGCGACGGUGUCCUGUGCGAUGCGACAAAGUCGGAUAUCGACGCACUCUUAGACGACCACUUCUUUCCCCAGGCUGGACAGCCCGCCACGAUCCAGCAGGGCGACGAACACGCUCAGCAGCUGUGGUCCGAAAUUCGAGAAGCGCACGUCCUGCCUGACGAUGUUGAGGUGAAGCCCAAGAGCACUUCUUCGCACUUUGGCACGAAUGGCACUGGCUACAACACCACCUCGGACCCCGACUGCUGGUACACGGCCACGAAAUGCACGACCCCCAAGCAUGCCAACCUUACCGGCGACCUGGCCGCGUGCUUGGAGCCGGACACGCUCGGCCUUGCAUUGAGCAGCGGCGAGAAUGGGACCCACUCGGACCUCUUUGAUCUUUUGGACCAACACAAGCUCAAAGCGACGCUGUUCUACUCUGGCUCCAACGUCCGGUCGUCGCCCAGCGAUGCUCGCCGUGCACUGAGCGACGGCCAUGUUCUCUGUGGCCAUUCCUGGUCGCAGCGCUCCAUGACGACGCUGAGCAACGAAGAUGCCUUUGCUGAGCUGUUUUAUACGGCCAAGGCCAUCAAGCUCGCGACUGGCGUGACGCCGCUCUGCUGGCGCGCUCCGUUUGGCGACGUCGACGACCGUAUCCGGGCUAUUGCUACUGGCCUGGGUCUCGAGACGGUCUCGCAGGACAAGAAGGAGGCGUACUCGAUGAGCACAUUUGUCUCGAACUAUACCCAGUUGAAUGCGACGGACAAGAAGCUGGUCCCUGUCACGACCUGCCGGAACGUGACGUUCCCCUACGCCGAGAAUAUCACCUACCCCGACUUUGAGCAGUUUAUCCAGGGCAACUACACGGUGCCCGGCCUGCCGAGCAACGACACGCUGCAUGAGAACCUCCUUGGAAACUUUAGCGCCAUUUCUUUGCUUGGUGGCGGUCACGCGUCAUCGCAUGCCAGUUCGCACACUUCGAGCAGCUCGACGUCUCAUGCCGGCAGCUCGGGCGGCAGUGCGCCCAAGGCUCCCCCUCCCCCUGCAAACAAUGGUGGUGAUAAAGGUGCGCCUCCCCCUUACUCGCCCCCGGCGAACAACGGUGGGAACAAUGGCGGCGACAAGGACGCGCCCCCUCCCUACUCGCCUCCUGCAAACAAUGGUGGUGACAAAGGCGCACCCCCGGCGAACAACGGAGGCAGCGGAAAUGCCGGAAAUGCCGCCGCUGGCGCGGUUGCUGGCGGGGCCGCUGGCGCCGCAGGCGGUCAUGUUAUCAAUCACAACCGACCAUACACGUCUUCGGAUGCGGCCUCGGACCCCUCGGGCACGUCCAACUCGUCGAGUACCGCGAGCACGCCAAGCGAAAGUGUGGUGACCACGGUGAUGAAAGACUCGACGUCGGUGUAUACAAUGACGUCGCACCCCAGUACUACCGCGACUGCUAUCCACUAUUCUGAGCACAACAGCGCUGCUGGCCUCUCGAGUGCCAAGGCAUCUCUUUCUGCUAUCGUCUGCACCCUUGCGGCUGUUUCCUUUGUCACGGUCAUGAGCUAG